GAUCGCGCACUGUCUCUCUCCCUCUCUGUUCAUUGUCUGGCUCGCCCUUCCAACCGCCAGCCGCCAUCUGCAGAUCAAUUUUGAGGCGGUGAACCACGGCAGUGCAGAGACGGAAACAAGUUAAUGGACGCCGAUGACGUCUAAUGGGCAAAGGGGCGAGGAGGGGAAAUUCGCGGGCGGAAACGCGCUGAUGUUCAGUGGUGAGUGGUGAGCAUCCACAGAUUUCAUAGUGAAGGGGGCGACAUUCCGCUGUUGCUGGCGAUAGAGAUCUGCACCUGGUCACGGGGAGGAAGAAGAAGCAGUCCUCAAGUAUCCUCAACAGCUACACAGCUUGCACGUGAAGCGCGAACACGCUUGGUCCAUCAAUCCACCAUGCAGCCAGGUGAUAUUUACAACAAUACCAAUUCUCCGCAGCGAGGACCUCCUUAUCCCCCUGGUGGACCCCCUUUCUCAACUUCGAACACUUAUUCACCAUCAACCUCUAGACCCCUUCCACCUCCUGGCAUGUCACAGUCUCCGACUUACGGUUAUAACACUUUACCAACUCACCCAUCUGCUCCUCCAGGUAUAGUUCAUCACUCGCAAUCUCAACCUUUUCCGGUGCCUCAAGGGUACGGUGAUCCCUUCAACCCACACACACCGCCUCAACAACGACCUCAACCUUUACCCCCUUCCUCACCUUCUGGACCGCUCGGCGAUUUCGGUGGGACCAGACCUUACCCAUCUCAACCCAAUAUGGCUUCACCUACCAGACCAUCAGGCGUAAAUCCUUUCCACAGCGGUCCGACCAGUCCUCGUCAAUCUUAUCCUCCCACUCAGCAACAGCAACAACAACAACAGCAACAACAACCUCCGCCGCCCCAGAACUACGGAACACCAACUUCGGGACCUGCGGGUCCCAGAGCACGAUUCGAUUCCAAUUCAAAUUUCAACUCUCCAUCCCAUCUGAAUAACGGGAGUCCGUUCGGGAAUGCACCUCAAGGAGAUUACUCUGCGCCGAGGCCGAUGCCUCAGAUGACACAUUCAUCCUCCACUGGCGUCGGUAUCGGUCAAGUCUAUCCUCCAACGCAAAACCUCACACCAGGAGCGUACAGUCGUCAAGAUGACGAUCUCAACGACUCGGCUCCUCUCCUUGCGCACGCCACCCCCGAUUCAAGAUUCGGGAUCUCUCAUAGUCAAUCUAAUUACUCCAUGGGUGGAGGAUACCAGCUCUCAGACGUAGGCACGCCAAGUCGUCUCAAUGGCGAAGGAAGCGAUCUGGGAAAUUUCCCAGGAGCUUGGAAUGGAAAUGGAGCAGCAUAUGACGACGAGGAUAAUGUUCAUUAUGGUCCUGUACCCGCUAGGAUCGUCAGGCGGAACAGGACACAGAAGAAGGUCGCACUAUUUCGAGGCCAUCUCGUCUUUGACGUCGAUGUCCCAUCAAUGCUGCUCGAUCAGUGUCCUAUCCGUGAUGGCAACGAGUUCACAAAGAUGCGAUACUCGGCCGUCACUUGUGACCCGAACGACUUUGUGGACGACAAGUACACUCUUCGGCAACGGCUGUACGACCCACCCAGACAAACGGAGCUCUUCAUCGUCAUCACGAUGUAUAAUGAAGAUGACAUUUUGUUCUGCCGAACGAUGCGUGGUGUCAUGCAAAACAUCGCCCAUCUGUGCACCAGAGACAGAAGCAAGACAUGGGGCAAGGAGGGUUGGAAGAAGGUUGUCGUUUGCGUCGUGGCGGAUGGACGACUCAAGAUCAAUCCAAGGACCAGGUCAGUACUCGCUGCAUUGGGUGUCUAUCAGGAGGGCGUGGCGAAGAAUGCGGUCAACGGGAAGCCUGUGACUGCCCACGUCUACGAGUACACUACGCAACUGGCCAUCGGUAGCGAAGGCAAGAUCAAAGCUGGUGAUGCCAGAUUCGUCCCCAUCCAGAUCAUCUUCUGUAUGAAGGAAAAGAAUCAGAAAAAGAUCAACAGUCACCGGUGGUUCUUCAACGCGUUUGGAGCCUGCCUUCGUCCAAACGUUUGCGUCUUGCUGGAUGUCGGCACACAGCCAGGUCCAGACUCAAUCUAUCAUUUGUGGAAGGCUUUCGAUAUCAAUUCAUCAGUAGGGGGAGCAUGUGGAGAGAUUGUUGCCCUCAAAGGCAUGUUCUGGAAGAACUUGCUCAAUCCCCUCGUCGCUGCUCAAAACUUCGAGUACAAGAUGAGCAAUAUCUUGGACAAACCUCUCGAAUCCAUCUUUGGAUAUAUUACUGUAUUACCCGGAGCGUUCUCCGCGUACCGCUACAUCGCUCUACUGAACGACGAGAAAGGAAAUGGACCGCUGAAGCAGUACUUCAUCGGAGAAACGAUGCAUGGAUCUGGAGCGGGUAUCUUCGCCGCAAAUAUGUACCUUGCAGAAGAUCGUAUUUUAUGUUGGGAACUGGUCAGCAAGCGGAAUUGCAAGUGGAAACUGCACUACGUCAAGUCUGCAUACGCCAUCACAGAUGUACCAGAUGCGGUGCCGGAGCUCGUUGCUCAGCGUCGACGUUGGCUCAACGGAUCCUUCUUCGCAGCCAUCCACUCCAUCUUCCACUUUGGCUACUUGUACAGAUCCUCUCACGGCUUUGCGCGAAAGUUCUGGCUUCACAUUGAGCUAAUAUACCAAACUGCCAACAAUCUCUUCGCCUGGUUUGCCCUGGGCAAUUUUUACAUCGCCUUCGUCGUCUUGACUAAUUCCCUUGACACACUUGGGAACGCCUGGCACUAUGUCAACAUUCCUCUGCAGUACAUUUACGUUGCGCUGCUCCUACUCUGCUUCAUCCUGUCUCUGGGAAACCGUCCAGCAGGAUCCAAAUGGGGCUAUACCAUCAGUAUGGUCGGCUUCGCCCUAUUGACGAUCUAUAUGCUCUUCGCUGCUGUCUACCUCGCUGUCGUCGGUAUCAAGAAUGUGGAGCAGGAUGGAGUGACUGUGGACAACGUCUUCGGAAACAAGAUUUUCCGAAACAUUGUUUUAUCCCUCGCGGCGACUUAUGGUCUGUACAUCGUCGCAUCACUUCUAGCUCUGGAGCCCUGGCACAUGAUCACUAGCUUCAUUCAAUACCUAUUGUUGGCACCAUCGUACAUCAACGUUCUCAACGUCUACGCCUUCUGUAAUGUGCACGAUGUGUCAUGGGGAACCAAGGGAUCCGACAAGGUCAGCGAUGAUCUGGGAACUGUCAAAUCGCAAGGCGACAAUAAGAACGAAGUGACUGUCGAAGUCCCACUGGAGCAAAAAGAUAUCAACUCGGUCUACGCCGAAGAGCUUCGAGUAUUGGCCAGCAAACCACCGAAAGAAGUCAAGACUGUCGCCGCGGAUCAAGCUCAAGAGGACUAUUACAAAAACUUCAGGACAAAUGUCUUGAUUGCUUGGGUCAUGUCUAAUGGAGCGCUUGCAGCGACCAUUCUGCGGACUUCCGGAGGGAGCAAUUCUCUAGCGACAACAUAUAUGGGUAUUCUGUUGUACACUGUAGCUGGUUUGGCAUUUUUCCGGUUCCUGGGCUCGACGGCAUAUCUCGUCGUCAGAUUGUUUGCCGGAGAAUAGACAGGAAUAUGUAUGCAUAGGCAGUGUUGUGUA